UUACCCAGAGCAAACUUGUACCAUUCACUCACUGCGACUUUCCAAAAUCUUGAGUACAAGUUUCAGCUUUACAGGCGAGUCAGCUCCAGUAAGAUCAGGAAACAGCAUGAGGCUUGUGUACCUUUUCCUUGGCCCCAUGGCCCUCCUGCUCCUGGCUGGCUGUGGCUCUGUCAUCAGCACCUCCAGUGAGAACCUGCGCACAUUUGUGGGCUGUGCAGUGAGGGAGUUUACUUUCCUGGCCAAGAAGCCAGGCUGCAGGGGCCUUCGGAUCACCACAGAUGCCUGCUGGGGCCGCUGUGAAACCUGGGAGAAGCCCAUUUUGGAACCCCCCUACAUCGAAGCCCAUCAUCGAGUCUGUACCUACAAUGAGACCAAACAGGUGACGGUCAAGCUGCCCAACUGUGCCCCUGGAGUCGACCCCUUCUACAGCUACCCCGUGGCGGUCCGCUGUGACUGUGGGGCCUGCUCCACUGCCACCACGGAGUGUGAGACCAUCUGAAGCUGGUGUGACCUGCAGACACAGCUGGAGGGCGCCAGGCUCACAGACACACCUUCAUGGGCAGCAUGAGCAGCUACAUCCCCUGAAUUCAAGGACUGUUUAAUUUUGACCCCACCUAUGCAGGAGGCUAUACAUCUCCCUUCUGCUCAGCUCAGGCACAAGGCUGAGGCAGCAUACUUAUGCUAAAAGUGCAAAACAGCAUUUGUGCCUUCUCUGACAAAAUUUCUCUAGUUCAUCCACUACAAAUUAAAUUUUCUUUACCUUGAGUCUCAGAACAUAACUUGUAUAUCAUAACCCGUCUCCAACAUGGAUUUAUAGUAAGCCAAUAUUUUAAAUGCUUUGGGCAUAAUUAGGAAAUGGGGGUAGAAAAGCCUUUAAAUUCUCAUGUCUUAUUUGAUGACUGGUCUCCAACUAGAUUUAUGAUCAAAGUGCCAAGAAUUAAUAAAAACCAACGCUUUAGUUCUCAUGCCCUCCAAGAAAAUCCAAUUGCAAGCUCCCUUAGAACUUACUUUUCCUUUUAACUGAGGGAUUACCAACACAAGAUAUAGAGACUGCUCAGAUUAAAAAAGGGAGGGCAACAGUAGCUCAAAUUGAAAGGUGUCUGGAUUUAGGGGAUUCUUUUCCCAAGAAAAAUUCCCGAAGUCCCUUUUAGAUCCUUGAUAAAGAGACUACUUUGUGAUUAAAAACAAACAAACAAACAACUCAGAAAAAA